AUGGCUUCCCGCAUUGAGUGUUUACGCCGAAACGUUGAGGAAAUUGAAGCAUGGGUUAAUUCCUGGCAAGCCGGCUAUUGCGGCGGAGUAGACUCCCUAGCCCUUCUUGGGCUGGCAAACAGGCUUCAGAACCAAGUUUCGGCGUUACUGAACGAUAGGUCAUCGCCAGCGACCGAGGACGUUACAAAACUGGUUGCCAAGGCAGAAAGAGUUGCUUCGUUCUCCGAUUUUGGUAGCGAUACGAAGCUCCCUCGCAUAUUCAAAAACAAUAUUGAAGUGUUGUUCGGCGAGAUGCAUGUAGCACCACCUGAGACGCAAAGGACGCGAUUCAAACGGAACCAAACAUAUCAGCGGUGUGAAAAAAUAAGACAGCUCCAGCCACAGUACAUCGUUGUAUGGGCUUUAUCCUUCGCGCCAUCCAUGUGGGAAAGUUCAAAAAUGAAUGAAUCAACAUUCAACUCUUUAUUGAUACAACUACAAACACUGACUGUUCAUCCCUGGCCUGAGAGCAUUCACGAAACAUUACAAGUCAUCGCGCAAUAUCCCAGGCGGAAAAUGUCGGCUGAAUUUAAAGAAUUCCAGUACAACCUCCGACAAUCACUGUGCCAAGUUGAAGAACGAUGGGACUUAGAUGAUUACCAGCCGAACCAUGGCAACAGAGAAAUGCAACACAUGUUCUCUAAUGGGCCUUUCAGCAACAUACAUAGCUUGCCAUCCCGUUAUCAACAAGCAAUCAGGCACAGUAAACAGUGGAGAUGGGAAAGGGCCCGGGGUUUGGAAACUACAACCUGUGUCUCCACGCUGUUCCCCAAAGACGAGACGUCGGAUGUUUCCAUCACACUCUGGGUUGGACACAAUGAAGGGUAUCUCCUGAACGACUUGCUCGGCGUGACGCCUCUCUGGUCUAUUCCUCCGGCGGCACCACCAUCUUAA